AUGUUUGCGAUACCAGCGGCUUUUCAAACCGAAUCUAUGCGCGAUCUCGCGUCGGCCGCGGGGUCGCUCGCCUCCUGGCGAACUCUGGCCUUGGUUCUGGCCAUCAUUAAUUUGAAAAACCUCCCGUUCGCCUGGCAUUUCCGUUUAUUGUACCACUUCCUAACCAACCUGCGUUUGAAGCCGAAUGCCCCAUUCUUCCCCAAGGGAAAAGCUAUCGUCGAUACUCGAGGAAAUCCGACACAUCCGGUUUUCGUGCCAUGCACCGUCACAUCACGAACCCCGUUGUUAGAGACCGAUUACAACCUACACAAGUCUAACAGCACAUAUUUUACCGACCUGGACGUGGCACGUACCGCACUUGUGAGCCGACUCUACAGCCCUGGUGUUGGCCUCGUGAGCAAGGAAUUGGACCAGGAGUUUCUCGCUACGAGCCAGAAAGAGGGCAAGAAACCCCCAAGGCGACUUCCCAUCAUGAUUGUCCUUGGAUCUGUUUACUGCAGCUAUAAGCGCGAGAUCAAGCCGUUUGAACUAUAUGAGAUGCAGUCCAAGGUGAUUUCUUGGGAUCAGAAAUGGAUGUACAUUCUUACGGCGUUCUUGAGACCUGCCAAGAAAGCCGGCGGGGAGAAGACGCUUCUGGCCACUGCUGUGAGCAAGUAUGUGGUGAAGAAGGGUCGACUGACCGUGGCGCCCGAGCGAAUUUUACGGGCUGGUGGGUUUCUUCCUGCUCGACCCGCAGGAGUUGAGAGCCUCGGUGUGCCGGUGGAUUCGUCGGCGGAGGCCUCUGCCAUUGCAACGCCUGCUAGCGGGGAGGGUAUUACCGCUGCUGGCGGUGUCGAUGGCUCUUUGGUGCGGGAGGUUCUCAAGAUCAGUGAAGAUCAGAUUCCCGACCGCGAGACCCUUGAGCAGGAGAAGAAGGUUAACUCCGAUUCCUGGAAUUCUGAGGAAUGGACAUGGGAGCGGAUUGAGCAGGAGAGACUCCGAGGAUUGGAAGUUGUGGAGCCAUAUAUUAAUAUGGAUGGUAAAUUAGAGAAUGAGGUAAAUGGUAAAUAG